CGGCCGAGGCCCCGCCGCGGCCCGGGGGCAGCUGGGGCGCGGGGCCGCCCCGGGUCUGCGGGGACGACGAGGACGACGACGAGGCCGCCGCCGUGACCGUGACCGAGGACGGCUCCGACGAGGCAGGCCCAGGCCGUCCUCUUAGCAUGGGGUACUGCCGCCUCUGUCACGGGAAGUUUUCCUCACGGAGUCUCCGCCACAUAUUUGGUCAGGUGCCAGGUGAGAGCUGUGAGAAGCCGCGCCGGAUGGAGCAGGUCUUCUUCAUGGACUUCAAGCGCCUGCUGGGGGUGCCCAUUCACCAGGACCCAGCCCUCCCCCAGUUUGUCUGUAAGAACUGCCACGCCCAGUUCUACAAGUGUCACAGCAUUCUCAAGUCCUUCCUGCAGAGGGUCAAUACAUCCCCCACAGGCCACCGGAAGCCCCGAGGAAAGGGCGGCACUGAUGAUGGGUCCCAGGCUGAGACAGAGGAGGGAACCUGUCUGAUGGACCUGAUCACCUCCAGUCCCCAGUGCCUGCACCGACUGGUGGGGUGGGCCCACGGGCACGCAGUGAGCUGUGGAGCAGUGCCAAGCCUCCAGAACAUGCUGUCUUCCGAGUACUGUGGCAUCAUCCAGGCUGUGUGGGGCUGUGACCAGGGCCAUGACUACAUCAUGGAUACAGACUCAAACUGCAGUGCCCUGCUACUUGACAGCACACUGGCCGUCAGAUGGGAAUGGGAUAGAGAGACAGCCCAUCGGCUCUCCAUCAACAGUGGAACCAAGCCUCCUGCAGCUGUCCUGCAGAGUCCUAGGAGCAAAGGGACCAUGGUGCCAGCUGGCACAGAGAGCCAGUCACUGCCCAACACAGAUGAAGUUCAGCCCCCUUUGGACGACAACCCUGCGGGGCCUGAGCCAGAUUCACCACCAGAGCCUAGCCAGCCCCCAAGCGGGGCCCAAGGGCAAUUGAGUGUGAAGCAGGUUUCAUCUUCAGCCUUGGAUGAUCGGGUAAAAGACGAGUUCAGUGACCUUUCUGAGGGAGACUUCUUGAGUGAUGAUGAAAAUGACAAGAGGAGAAAUACUCAGUCAUCUGAUGAAUCCUUUGAGCCUUAUCCAGAAAAGAAGAUCUCUGGCAAGAUGAGUGACAGCAAAGCCAAGAAGUCAGAUGAACCCAAAAUUAGAAAGAAACCAGGACCCAAACCUGGUUGGAAGAAGAAGAUAAAAUGUGAAAGGGAAGAGCUGCCUACCAUUUAUAAGUGUCCUUACCAAGGCUGCACAGCUGUGUACAGAGGGGCAGAUGGGAUGAAGAAACAUAUAAAAGAGCAUCAUGAGGAAGUACGAGAAAGGCCUUGCCCCCACCCUGGCUGCAACAAGGUGUUCAUGAUUGACCGCUAUCUGCAGCGUCAUGUCAAGCUCAUUCACACAGAGGUACGGAAUUAUAUCUGUGAUGAAUGUGGACAGACGUUCAAACAGCGGAAGCACCUUUCAGUUCACCAGAUGCGUCACUCAGGAGCGAAGCCCCUCCAAUGUGAAAUCUGUGGGUUCCAGUGCAGGCAGCGAGCAUCUCUGAAAUACCACAUGACCAAACACAAAGCCGAGACGGAGCUGGAAUUUGCCUGUGACCAGUGUGGCCGGAGGUUUGAAAAGGCUCACAACCUGAAUGUCCACAUGUCCAUGGUGCAUCCACUGACCCAGAACCAGGACAAAGCCAAACCACUGCAGAGUGAGCAGCCAACUGGUCUAAUGAACCCCUCAGGGACGAUGGAAAGUCAGGCUGUCAAACCUGAACUGGUUGCACAACAGGAACCCACCUGAAAGCCUGGAAAGGUUCAGUGUGGAUAGUCACUCAUCCUUGUACAAAUCAAAUGAUCAAAUAGAGUUUUUAACAAAAAUUUUAAUAGUUUCUCCAACUGAACUGGACUCAAUGGCAAUAGUUUCAGCUUGCUCCAACACAAAGAUAACCAUGCUUUAAUUUUUUUUUUGCCUGUGCAUAUGUCCAAUGAAGCAGGGUUUAAAUGGAAUGGAAUCACUCUAAGGGUAUGGACAGAUGUGUACACAUCUGCUUUUCCCUGUGGAUUGGUAGAAGUAGGGUGUCCUCACAUUCUCGGUCAUGGAACAGCCCCUCAAGUCUGUACUAGCUCUUCUGCAGGGCAAAAGGUUCAUUUCCCCUGGGAAAGUGAGUGACUUGGAACCAGGCUCAGAUUUUAAAUAAUUGAUUACCCCUGCCUCAAAGCAAUUGAAGGUAUUUGUAAUCCACUUUUUAGUGUAACAAGAGCUCCAUGGUUAUGCUUGUAAUAAAUUAUUUACAAAGUAGCCUGGGCUGAUGAA